UAAACAGUGCUCGCAGUUCACGUGGAAGUAAAAGCGGUCAUGGCGCUGAAAUUUGAGCGCUUCGUCAGCCCCGGGAAAGGUAACGGAGUGCGGGCGACUGCCGGGAUCAGGAGAGGAGAGCUGGUGACCUCCGUGGAGCCGCUGGCGUCCUGCGUGUCCCUCAAACGGUCCAGGGAAGUCUGCCAGCAGUGCUUCGCACGACGCGAGACCUUGUUGAGAUGUUCCCAAUGCAAGAUGGCUCGCUACUGUAAUGUCACUUGCCAGAGCCGAGCGUGGCCUGGCCAUAAGAGGGAGUGUAAGUGUCUGCGGGGCCUCCUGCCCAGAGUUCCCACCGACUCCGUCCGCCUGGCCGCAAGUCUCAUCUUUGCCUUGUCGAGUCCGUCUGGAAGCAGCAGUGAGGAGCUCUACAGUUUAGAGGAGCACGAAUCACACUUGAAUUCAAUGUCAGAGCAGAAGAAGGAGGGUCUGUCUCAGCUGGCGUCCAUGUUGGAGCUGUUUUUACACCAGGAAGGACCUAACCUUGCGGAAGAAUUGAAAACAGCGCUGCCACCUUCCUGCCGAGACUUCCUCUGCCUCAUCGCAAAGAUAACAUGCAAUUGCUUCACCAUCAGUGAUGGAGAACUGCACGAGAUUGGAGUUGGGCUUUAUCCGAGUUUAUCUCUGUUAAACCAUGACUGUAGGCCAAACUGUGUGAUGGUGUUUGAGGGAGCGAAGCUGCAGCUCAGAGCUGUUCAGGAUAUCAGCGCUGAAGAGGAGCUGACUAUAAGCUACAUCGAGACGUUGUCCCUGACUGAAGAACGUCAGAAACAGCUGGCGGACCAAUAUCACUUUAACUGCCAGUGCCGGCGAUGCCAGACUCAUGACAAGGAUGAACUCAUGCUGGCAGGUGAAGAAGCGGCGUGGCGUCUUCUGAAGGAGGCGCUGCCCAAACUGGACAAACUGAAAGGAGAGUCCAAUUGGAAGACGCUGUUGGAGAGCUCUCUUCAUCUGUUAUCAGCUGCUGGUGCCGGAGUACCUGAUGAGAAUCUCUACAGGCUCAGAAUCACAGACAUGGCUUUAGAUGCUGCGAUCCACCUACAGCUCUGGGAUGAGGCUCUGAAAUACAGUCUGAAGACACUUCCAGGAUACAGACAGUACUACCCCGACCCCCAUCCGGUCCAUGGCGUCCAGCUGAUGCGAGUAGGGAAGCUGCAGCAUUACCUGGAAAACAUCAAGGAUGCUUUGGACACAUUCAAAGAGGCUUAUAACAUCAUGAAGCUCACCCACGGAGACGAUCACCCCUUGAUGGUUGACUUGAAAAUGAAAAUGGAGGAAUGUCGCUGUGAGAUGGAUCAGCAGUCACCACACUGAUGCUGAGACGAAACCAGCAGCUGCUCUCUGCAACCUGCUCUCCUCACGAUGUCCUGACAUUGAUGAUAGCCAAGAAAACUCUGACUAAAGAUUUUACUACUG